AUGACUGAAGUUUUAUUGAAUCUUCCGCAAGAAGGGGAUCCGAUUGUCGCAGUAUCAAUAAGCGACUUCGAUAUAUUAUCAGGAUCGAAAUUAGUUUAUCUUUGGAAGUACACACACGAAAAUAUAACAGAACAGUUAAUAUCCUUAUCAAGAAUGACACUCAGUACACUCCCAAGACAAAAAGAAAGCGCAUUUAAUAAAUUUUUAACUACUGUUCUUGAUAUUGCUUCAUCAGAUUGGUUUGUUGUCAAUACAAUCUUCAAAGUUCCGAAAAGUAAACCUCAACAACUAGAUGUAUAUUACUCUGUUGCAAUAAUCUUUAAAUCGAGUCAAUUCAAGAAAGUUCAACACGUAAUUGAAGCAACUAAAUACUACGCCCAACAUAUUGUUCAUGCUUCUCAACUAUUACUCUCUCGUUCUGAACCAUUUGAAAAAUUAACAGAUUUAGUUCAAUGCGCAGUUAUUGAUAUCUCAAAACUAUUUCAUGUUGGAGUUAAGCCUUUAGAUUUCCAAAUUGACCCGGCUGAGCAAUCUUUAUACGCUCAAAUCCUCACCGCCCAUCUCAGAGGUCAAAUGAAUACAAUAUUUGAAGUAAAUUCUUUUUCAGAAUGCGAAAGAUUCUUCAAUUUCUUAACACAUUUUACCCUUCCUGAAUAUCUUCAAUAUUCAAGUGCAGAACUUCGCUCCAGACCGAACAUGUUUUUGCAUUUACAAGUAAUCCAAAAACAAAACUAUCCCGCAGAAGAAAUCCUUCUGCAAUCAACAACUGCUCGUGCAUUAGUUAGAUUGCCGGAGAAAAUUGUAUUAGUUACCCCUGCUCAAUCAACUCAAAUUGCAGCAUCAGAAGAAUUCAAAGAGAUUAGAGCAGCCAUAUCCGUUAUCGACGAUCCAGACCAAAGGAAAAAGAAGAUAAAGACAAGAACAGUAAAUUACAAAGCAAAAUCAAUAAGUUCAACUCAGCAAAUCGCAACUGCCCUCAAAUUGUUAGAAGAAGUUCAGUCACCUACUAAAUCUCUUGUUUGCGAGCAAAAAUUAGCUGUUUUUGUUCGAACUGCAAUAUCUCUCAUUGCAAUUGUAACAGAUUACUUAGAAGAUAACAAUUCUACAAAACUAACUCAUGAACAGACUCAUGAGCUCCUCAAAACCUUGAAACUCAAAGAUAAAAAUGAUCUUGAUAUUAUAUUGGCUUUUGCAGCAAUUUAUGACGACGCAAUAUUUGAUAAGAUACCUCUAAUUAAAGAGCAAAAGUCUAUUUUCAGUAUUGACUUGUAA